AUGGCUACCACUCGAUCGAUCUUGCAAACAACGCGCGCCAGAUUCGUCGGUCUGGGCCGACUCGGACUAUGUACGGCUCUCAAGUGUGAACAAGCUGAUUGGGAUAUCGUUGGUUCGGAUGUCUUUCCGGCGCACGUGGACAGCAUCAACGAAAUCACGCUUCGUUUGACUGAGCCAAGAGUCGAGGAAGCGCUUCGAUCGAGCAAACAUCUGCGCGCAACUUUAAAGCUGCGUGAAGUGAUCGAUCGCGUCGAUAUGGUCUUCAUCCUCGUCGCCACGCCCACUGACUCUGGAGAUCAAGCGUACGACACAAGCGCGCUCAAACAAACACUUGAUGAUUUGAGGCACGGUGUUACCUGGCUAGAUCUCGAUAGGUGUAAGGUAUCCUACGUCGCAUAUGAAUCGAAUUGUCCUGUGGAUAUCAUCGAAGAGUCCCAGCUGCUCGAAAUCGCGAAACGACUCGUGCGACGGGGGAAGAAAGUGACAGUUUUCGACCGGGUGGCGAUUGUUCACUUAGUGCGAGGAACGUACGGGCAGUUGUUCGAUUACGAAAUAUGCGAUACUACGGCAGGGGGAGUAGCGCCCAUCCCGAACACCACCAUGGAAAACCCGCUAUCGAGUUACACUAAAUGAAAACUCAAAUCUAUUUUCACUUCGCGUACAUACGCUAGGCGUGAGACUCUACAUGGCGAGGUACGCCAAGUAAGAUAUUGAAUACGAUGUCCAAAGUAUCGCCCCCACAGCUUCUUUGUAUCGACCAGCAUUUUCAAUCCAGUUCAAGCGCGCUGCUUUGUUUGACAUGACGAAUUGCGGCUUGAACGACACGAGCAUUCCAUCGAAGGUUAGCAACGUUGUGUGACUCCAUGUCCUCGAUCGUUCGAUCCCGUUGGUCUGGAUGCUUCAUCCAGUUGCUCAUGAGUUCCACAGCAUGCUCGGCACUGUCGAAAUACGUCACAUGCGGGGUGGUGUAAAGGUCACCUAAUGAUACCCAUUGUUUCAGCGCUUCAGGAUCGCAUGAAUUUGGAUCAUGACAUACCCCAGUAUCGUCAAGACAGCAGAACUCCACUGCCUCAGCGUUUUCGUAAAAAGAUGGUGAAGCACAAGGGACAUUACCAGCUACUUUGUGAGGAUAGCCACGGUUUUUUGAAAACUCAUCGAGCAUGAAAGUCAACGAUGGCACGAAAAGGGGGACACCACUCGCGUAAAGUUCAUGAAAUGCGGAACUCGGCAUACUGUAUGGGAAAUAUACUACGGCUUGCUCUGUUGCAAAUUCCGAAGCGUGAGCAAAACUCGUUGGGCGACUUUUCAUGGGAACUUGUGACUCCAUAGUGCGCCCGAGGACUCGUAUUCUAUCA